AUGUCAUCCGCACCCCCCUCUUCUCUCCCUCCCCAGGUCCUUAUCGUCGGUGGAGGCCCUGCUGGCUCCUAUGCAGCAGCAGCAUUGGCCAGAGAAGGCAUCCAACCCGGUUCAGCCAUAAAAUUUAAUCAGUUCAAGCGAGAAGGCUACACCGAUUUUGUGGCCUUGGGUCAUAACAAUAAUGCCUGGAACGUGGUCCGCUCCGAAUUUGAUCAAAUGCUUUUGAACCAUGCCCGGUCCACAGGGGCUUCGGUCUAUGAGCAGACAAAGGUCGAAUCGAUUUCCUUUUCCUCGACGGAUCCAAGUAGACCCGUAUCAGUCUCGUGGACGCACACACCCCCUCCUGCCCCACCAUCGCCUCCUGCGUCCCCUACCAGCUCCACCUUCUCUGGCUUCUUUCCUUCCGAUUUUUCUGUGAAAAAUUUCACGGCAUCUGGACCCAGCCACGGUAAAACUAGCUUCACCUAUCUGAUUGAUGCCACAGGCAGAGCGGGGAUUUUGUCCACUCGAUAUUUCAAAAACAGGCAUUUUAAUGUAUCAUUAAAAAAUAUUGCUGUCUGGGGAUACUGGCAAAAUACUGGACAUUAUGGUGUGGGAUCUCGUCGACAAGGUGCUCCUUGGUUUGAGGCAUUAACAGAUGAAUCUGGCUGGGCAUGGUUCAUUCCUCUCCAUAAUGGAACUACAUCGGUCGGGGUCGUUAUGAAUGAAAAGAUGUAUAAAGCAAAACUGCAAGAACCACUACCACCCUCGCCGUUUGCCGCGACAGCCACCGUCAAUCCGAGCAGCGAAUCUGCACUUGUCAUGCGUUAUUUGUCCAACCUCUCUUUAACACCUGGUGUUGUAAAUUUGAUUACAACCUCUGGAAAACUUAUAAAUGGAAGUGUCAAGAGUGCCAGUGAUUUCAGCUACUCUGCCCCGUCAUAUGCUGGUCCUGGAUACAGAAUUGUAGGCGAUGCUGGAGCUUUCAUCGACCCCUUCUUUUCAAGUGGUGUACAUCUGGCAAUGACUUCUGCUUUGUCCGCAGCCGCCACAAUCUGUGCUUCAAUCCGCGGUCAUUGCCUGGAAACUACCGCGGCGGAAUGGCACACCCGAAGAGUUUCUACCAGCUACACAAGGUUUCAAGUCGUAGUUUUAAGUGCAUAUAAACAAAUUCGUUCGCAAAGCGACGAUAUCCUCUCAGACAUCGAUGAGGAUAACUAUGAUCGAGCCUUUUCCUUUUUACGACCUGUCAUACAAGGGGCUUCUGAUAUGGGUGCCCGCCUUUCAGAGACGGAGUUACAAAGAUCUCUCGACUUUUGUGUCAAUCUGUUCAACCCGACUACUCCUGAACAACAUGAGCGUCUGGCUCAUUGUGGAGAUAUCGGGAAAGAACUGCUCGAUGUAGCUUCCCCUGUGGUUGACCCCUCUGUUUUCGAAGAUACUCUCUGUGUUGGACGAGCUCUCGAUAAUUCCCUUGAUGAUCCAGCCAACUCUUCUGACGUCGAAAGAGCGACAGAAACGAAAAUGAUCCUGAACAAGAUCAAUGCACGUCGUGUCGUCCACCCUGAAUAUGCAAUAAAUAACCUCGAGACCGAACCUCUCUCCGGCUACGUCGUAAAACUGGAGAGAGGAAAACUCGGCCUGAUCAUGGCCCCAAGAUGA